CUGGAGCAGAAAUCAAUUAUGUGAAUGAGCAAGAUGGACGAACUCAUGAUGAGUGUAGAGAUACAGCUGAUCUCAACACUCAAGAAUGAGCUUGGAGACAGGCCUGUUGUAUCAACUGUGGUUUUUGCCUUCAUCCUCGCUGUUGUGGAGAAGAUGUUGGGGGUGAAAUUUGCUUGCCCUUGCAAUCCUAAAUGGAACCGUGCAUUUGUGUUUCCAUUUUUUUUAAUUCCUGCUGGUACAGCGUGUCUGCUGAUGAUGCUGAUUCACGGAUGCGAUGGAUACAAGAAAGUUCUUUGUGGCUUUCUCCCUUUUAUAGUGUGGAUGGCCCUGAUGUUGCUAGAUGGACAAUACUACGUCUGUGGAAACUCAGACUGGCCGGGCACAUUUGUAACAGCUAACGAUACCUAUCUUAUGUGGUGUAAACCAACCAACACGACGACUGAGAAGGAACUACUGCGCCGUUCACACGAGUUUCAUAUUUGGUCUCAGGGACUUGGAAACACGAUGGUCACGAUUUUACUCAUUUUACUCGUUAUAUACAUUGCACAUACAACAAAGAGCAAAUGUCAUCAAAAUGACGAAGACGCCCCUGAUGCUGCAUCUGUGCCACUUUAGGAUCAGAAAUAACGCAAAACACAGGAGACUGAAGAACAUACUGCUGUGUGAAUAUUAUGUAUACUUCAAUAUGCAAGAAGUCUAGUAGUUAAAUUCAAUUCUCUACUUUUACAAUAAAAAAUAUCUGUUGCUUUUAUCUGUAAUUUGAUGUGCUUGUAAGGACCUGGAUAUUAUAUUUACUUAAAAUCUGCAUGUUGUCAUUAUGAGCAUGUUAACGUGCUGAUGAUUGCUUUUAGUUCAUAACACCACCGUACAGCCUCAUAGAUGCAGUAGCAUUAAUCUUAUAACAGGCAAGAAUUAUUUUCUGAUCUAAUUCCCAAUGCAAACAAGGGUUUUAUAACUUGUAAUGGUUAUGUUUAGUGUGAUAAACUGUCUUCUUUGAUAUUGUUUU